CCAAACUAUGAAUAAUGCGUGCUUACAGGGCCCUGAUUUAGUCCUUAUAACUCAAACAGAUCAAUAAAACCCUAGCGAUAAAAACCCUUCCAGAUCUUGGCCGAGCUCGUCUGCUCCAUUAAACAGACGAAAAUGCCUUUCAAGAGGUAUGUGGAGAUCGGGAGGGUCGCUAUCCUCAACUACGGCAAGGACUAUGGAAAGCUUGUCGUCAUCGUAGACGUUAUUGAUCAGAAUAGGGCCCUCAUUGACGCCCCUGACAUGGUUCGAAGCCAGAUGAAUUUCAAGAGGCUUUCACUUACUGAUAUAAAAAUUGACAUAAAAAGGGUCCCGAAAAAGAAGACAUUGAUUGCCGCCUUUGAAGCUGCUGAUGUCAAGAAUAAAUGGGAGAAGAGCUCAUGGGGAAGGAAGUUGAUUGUGCAGGAGAGGAGAGCAGCUCUGAAUGAUUUUGACAGGUUUAAGCUCAUGCUGGCAAAAAUCAAGAAGGCUGGAAUUGUGAGACAGGAGCUCUCAAAACUUAAGAAGGAAAGCACAGCCUAAGAGUCAUUUUAGCUAUCGAUAGCUGUUUCUUUAGAUCAUAAUUCUCUUGUACCAAAAAAGACUAAAUUUUUCUUCCAUCUUUCAUGAAAUUUUGUUUUGGACAAUGCUGUGAAUUGUGAGAAAUCAUAUAAUUAUAUAAAGGUUUUGAAUCUUUGAUGUACCACAAUUUUGGUAAAGCAACUGUGUUUAUUAGUUAAAAAUAUUACGUGCGUUCCAGCG